AUGAGAGAGUUCUUUGCAUAUCGCAUGCAAGAUCGUCAAAAUGAAGCACCAACUAUAUUGCUCUCUCGAAGAUUAUGUCAACAAUUUUGUGUUGAUGGUUAUACAAUGAUGGAGGCAGAAAGGUUGUCGUUUGUGAAAAAUAAUCAGAAGAGUUUCAGGGCUGAUAAUGUGAAGAAUUUACGAGGUGCAGCAGAUCGAGGAGAUACGGAAGGUUCAUCAACCGGUAGUCGUAUAGUCAUACCCGCUUCAUUCACUGGAGGACAUAGUUACAUGAGGGAAAACUAUCAAGAUGCAAUGGCCAUUUGUAGAUGGUAUGGUUACCCAGAUUUGUUUAUAACGUUCACAUUUGUUUAUACAGUGGAAUUUCAAAAACGUGGUCUGCCACACGCACAUAUACUUCUUUUCUUGCAUCGUAACGAUAAGUUUCCUGAUGCCGAAGCAAUAAACAAAAUUAUAUGUGCUGAACUUCCGGACAAGGAUAAAAAUCCAGAAUUAUACGAUGUUGUCUCUGAGUUUAUGAUGCACGGUCCUUGCGGUGCUUUGAAUCACAAUGCUCCAUGCACGACAGAUAAGAAGUGCACGAAGCAUUUUCCAAAGAAAUUCACUGAACAAACAACAAUUGAUGAAGACGGUAUCCUGUGUACAGGAGAAGAGAUACUGGAGUCAAUGUUGAAAAAAAUGGCGUUAUGCUUGACAAUGGAUAUGUUGUCCCUCAUAAUCGUGAAUUACUUUCAAAAGGAACGUGAGUGGACACCCAGAAAACAAGGUUUUUCCAUAGGAAGAAUCUAUCAUGUAAACCCUGGAGCAGGUGAAAAAUUCUACUUAAGGACAUUGUUGAAUUUUGUGAAAGGUGCAACAUGUUACGAAGACAUACGCGUUGUUGAUGGGGUACUACAUCCAACGUUUAAAGAAGCAUGUUAUGUUAGGGGUUUGUUAGAUGAUGACAAAGAUCUGACAAAGCCUAAUCUUAUCUGGGAAAAGACAUGGCACCUUCUUUCUGAUGAUAUCCUUCACAGGCAACGCAGACUCCUACAAGACAAAGAUUUGCGCCUAAGUGAUGAACAACUGCAAAACUUUGCGCUAGCAGACAUUGAAGCUAAGCUACAAAGUAAUGGCAGCACAUUACGUAAAUUCAGCGAAAUGUCAUAUCCUAAUGAUCUGAUCAUAGAAGACGGUCAAAACAAAAUGAUAAUGGACGAGCUUUCCUAUGACCGAGGGAAGUUAGAAGAGGAGUUCCAUCGCAUCAAGCGGAAUAGCUUCUUUAUUGCUUCCCGAGGAAGAACUGCUCAUUCCAGGUUUGGACUUCCGUUAAAUGUUGCUGAGAACUCAACAUGUGUUGGCAUUAAGCCAGGCUCGGACUUAACCGGACUCCUUAUGAAGACAAAGUUAAUCAUAUGGGAUGAAGCUCCGAUGAUGCAUAAAUACUGCUUUGAAGCUCUAGAUAGGAGUUUAAAGGAUGUUAUGCAGUCUGUGAAUCCUGCAAAUCAAGAUAUCCCAUUUGGUGGCAAGGUUGUAGUUUUUGGUGGUGAUUUAAGACAAAUAUUACCCGUGGUGCCUAAAGGAAGCAGACAAGACAUUGUCUUCUCGGCAAUAAAUAGUUCUUACUUAUGGGACUUUUGCCAAGUACUUAGGCUGACAAAGAACAUGCGCCUCACAACAGGUUCAAGUAAUUCAAAUGUUGAUGAAAUUAGAGAAUUUUCAGAUUGGAUACUCAAUGUUGGAGAUGGCAAAGUCGGAGAUCUAAAUGAUGGUGAGGCCGAUAUUGAAAUACCCCAUGAAAUGUUGGUAGAUGGGGGAGAUGACCCUAUUGCGGCAAUAGUAGAAAGCACAUAUCCUGACAUAAAGGAUCACAUUUGGGAACCAAGUUAUUUUCAAGAAAGAGCUAUUCUUGCUCCGACCAAUGAAAUUGCUGAGACGGUUAACGAUCACGUGUUAUCUCAAUUGCCAGGUGAAGAAAGAGCUUACUUGAGUUCAGAUGCAAUUUCAGUGGAGGAAGGAAAUUUUGGAAUUCAUGAGAUGUAUUCAACAGAGUUCCUAAAUACAAUAAAAUGCGGAGGAUUACCAAACCAUAGUAUACGACUGAAGGUUGGAGCACCAGUGAUGCUCCUAAGGAAUAUUGAUCAAAGUUCUGGGCUAUGUAAUGGCACAAGAUUGGUCGUUAAGCACUUAGGUGAUCGUAUUAUAGAGGCUAUUGUGGUAUCUGGUAGUAAUUUGGGCAAUAAGGUCUUCAUUCCACGAAUGACGCUUACUCCGUCAGACUCAACAAAAUUUCCCAUCAAGUUCCAACGGAGACAAUUCCCUUUGGUUGUGUGCUUUGCAAUGACAAUCAAUAAAAGUCAAGGACAAUCACUUUCUCAUGUUGGCCUAUAUCUUCCUCGGUCUGUUUUCAGCCACGGACAAUUUUAUGUGGCCGUAUCAAGAGUUACUAGCAAGAAGGGUUUGAAAAUUUUAAUAGUUGAUAAAGAACGUGGAACAUCAAAUGUUACCACGAACGUAGUGUACAAAGAAGUAUUUCAAAAUGUUGGUUAA